UUGUUAUCGGAAAUGUUAUCGUGCAGCAGCCCUCACUAAUAUUGUUACUUAAUUAAUUAAACUAAAAUAAAAUGAUUACCCGCGUGUUCCGCUUGGUCCGCGAUCAGCGCCUCAGUGUUCCCGUGCUGCGCUGCUUCCACCACGAGUUCUCCAAGCCGGAGCCAAAAACCCCAGCCGCCAAGGCCGAGGAAAAGCCCACCAAUCCCUUCCAGAAUGUGCCGGGCGGCGUCGUGCAGAGCAAAUAUAAGAUAUUCCGCGAUGAUGAAGCCACAGAGAUCUUUGAUGUGGAGGAGGCACGCUACCAGGAGCAGCAGCUUCCAAGUGAACCCGAUGAGCAGCAGGAUCAGUACUAUGGCUUAAACCUAAAGCGUGGUGUUCGCGGUGUGUUCGAUAUUGAGGACUUGGUGGAGCUGUUGCGGAAAGAGAACGUAGACGACAUAUUCGUGUGCUAUGUGCCCGAGGAGCUGAAAUAUGUGGAUCAUCUGGUUGUGUGCAGUGGAAGGAGCUACCGCCACAUGCUGUCCACGGCGGAGUUUGUGCGUCGCAUGUUCAAGAUUAAGCGGAACAAAAGCGACAUUCUGCCGCGCAUUGAGGGUGAUAAGAGUCGGGACUGGAUGGCCAUGGAUUUGGGCAACAUAGCUUUGCACAUAUUUUCGCCCAAGGCUCGCGAGGAAUACGACCUGGAAUCGCUCUGGGCAAUUGGCUCUCAGUACGACCGAGAGAGCCAGAAACCGCAUAAUCCCUAUGGAGAUAUUUUCAUGGCCCCCGUUCCAGCUGCAGUUGCUCCUCCGUCAAAUCAGGAAACGUAGAAUUCUUUGGCUUUUACUAGUUUAAUAUAUUUACAAUUGGCUCACCAGA